AUGCCUAUGCCCUUCCCAACAAACAAUUUCUACCCAACUCAACAACAGGAUCAGCAACAAGCUUGGAUGAAUGCUUAUCAACAAUAUAUUUCACAAAUGAUGCCUUUGUAUCAGAAUGCCGUUGGAAUGCCCUAUGGAGGUGUUCAAUGGCCAAUGUGGAAUCCAUUAAGUCAAGCGGCUUUUGCUCAACAAGCUGUUUUUGCACAGUUCUCCAACGCUGCCGCAUUUGGACAACAACUUCCUCCCAUUCAGCAGCAACAACAAGUACCUCUUCAAAUGCCUAUAGUCGCAAAUGUUCAACAAAACAACGAACCUCGUGCUGCUCCAGACUUUUUGGAUAUUAUUUACAAAUCAAUUCGUUUUAUUUUGUUGGGAAUGGUUUUAUUGUUAUAUUCUUCAAUCGAACGUUUUGUGUUUGUUCUUGCAAUGAUUGGAAUUUUUUGGUUGGUAAAUAUAUUUAGAGGCAGGCAGCAACAGGCUAGGGAAGCAGCUGCUGGUGAAGCAAGACCUGGAGAAGUGAAUAAUAGAGAGGCGCAAAAUGGUCAGCAACAACAAGAGGAGAUACAAAAUGAAGGGAAUCAACAACCAACUACAGAACAGCAGCAGCCAACUCCUGUUAACAAUUCGGGAAAUUCUGCAUGGAGUAUUUUUUGGGGAACAUUUCAGGCAUUCUUCACAUCCUUAAUUCCAGAGAAUCAGGCACCUUUGGACGUUAAUUGA